AUGGAACAGCAAAAUAAGAAGAAAGCGGGGGAGGCGGAGUCCGGUGUUCGAUACAGAGGCGUAAGGAGGCGGCCUUGGGGGAAAUACGGGGCUGAGAUUAGGGACUCAACGAUGCGGGGUGGACCUCGGGUGUGGCUUGGAACUUUUGAGACAGCAGAGGAGGCUGCUCGUGCUUACGACGGAGCUGCUUUCUUUAUGAGGGGUCCCUCCGCUAUUCUCAAUUUCCCAGAUGAACAUAUCAUUUCACCUAGGGGAUUAAAUUCUCCCCCUGCGGCUACCCCUUCUUCUUCAUCAUCUUUGUUUGAACAUGUGGAAUGCAAAAAGGAUCAUGAAAGACAAGUGCUGGAGCUGGAGUAUUUAGACGACAAAUUGCUGGAGGAGCUUCUUGAUUUUGAAAAUAAAUGAAACCCAGAAUGAAUGAAGCAUUUUCAGUAUGUUCUUUGUUAUAUAU